GCAGUGGUGCCGGUGCCGGAGCAAAAAUAGCCGACUAUUAAUAGAACUCCCCGCUCACGGCCUCACUCUGACAGAAGCACGACUGCAGUGCAGAGAAGACCCCCUGUGCCGCACAAUCCAACAGACAGCAUGGAAGACUUCCAGCAGUUGGAGCAGGACUUCUACCAGACCGGGUACUACUUUGACCAGCAUGGGCACGCCGUGGCCUUGGACUAUGACCAGUCUGCAAGUCAUCUUUACAGCAAGCAUGGACCAGAUGUUCCAGAACCUUCAACAGAACAUUUCUACCAACCUGCUCAGGGCAAAGAAGCACAUUAUCCAGAUGUGGAGCCUCCACUUCUUGAAGAACUUGGCAUCAGUUUUGAUGACAUCUGGCAGAAGACGGUGACGGUGCUGAACCCGUUCAAGCCCGCAGACGGCAGCAUUAUGAACCAAACCGAUCUAACGGGUCCUGUUGUCUUUUGUGUGGCACUGGGCCUGACUUUAAUGAUGGCGGGCAAGGUGCAGUUUGCCUACGUGUACGGGAUGAGCGCCAGCGGCUGCAUUGUCAUGUACACCCUGCUGAGUCUGAUGAGCGCUAUGUCCGUGUCUUUGGGCUGUGUGGCCAGCGUCCUGGGCUACUGUCUUCUGCCCAUGGCCGCCCUCUCCGCGUUUGCCGUGGUCUACUCUCUGCAGGGUGUCCUCGGCACAGUUCUGGCUCUGUUGGUGAUCUGUUGGUGCAGCUUCUCAGCCUCCAAGAUUUUCACCUCCACCCUGGCUAUGGAGGGCCAGCAGCUGUUGGUGGCCUACCCAUGUGCCGUAGUCUACGGGCUUUUUGCUUUACUCACAGUAUUCUAAAGACAUGUGCCAUAGUCUACGGGCUUUUUGCUUUACUCACAGUAUUCUAAAGACAUGUGCCUUGCUCUACGGGCUUUUUGCUUUACUCACAGUAUUCUGAAGACAUGUGCCCUGCUCUACGGGCUUUUUGCUUUACUCACAGUAUUCUGAAGACAUGUGCCUUGCUCUACGGGCUUUUUGCUUUACUCACAGUAUUCUAAAGACAACCUGUAAUAAUGCAGUGUGAUCUUUUAACACUUUUGGACUUUUUCACAUAACUACAGGGUCAGUAUUGCCAAAUCAGAUACUGAUACCAAUACUUGUUUUAGACAAUUGAAUGAUAUCGUAAUAGACUCUUGAUUUGGAUUGCCACUUGGAUGGAUUCACCCGCCACUAUUUUGAACUGUUCAAAUACAUUUCUAAAUCUCUUA